AUGACUUCUUCACCUCCUACGAUUAGAAAAGAAUCAAGAAGACCUUCCUCUUCCGAUAUCAGGAUAAACACAAGAAAAACUUCUUGUUCUACGCAACCGCCAACUCCAAAUUCUACUGCUGGUAAUCCCAAAGCAUUUUCUGAACAUUAUUCAUGGAAAAAAGUUACAACAUCUGUAAAUAAUUUAAUGAUUGGUAAACCGUGGUUUGACCAUUAUGGUGAUAUGACUAUAACAAAUCAUUUGACAGGAGAUCAGUGUAUUUUAACUUUUAAAGCCAGGGGUUGGAGAGGCAAAGAUGCGUUUGAGAUUAGAGGUGUUGUGAAAGAUAAAGAUGACAAAGGAAUUUGGGAGAUUGCAGGUAGAUGGAAUGAAAGGUUGGUUGCAAGAAGAAUAAUUUUAAGUCCUUCGACACAUGAAGAGGAUUUGGGAAGUGAUGCAGCGGCCUCAAAAGCUAAAUUAGUACAUGAAUUGUCACCAACAUUUAAACUCGAAUCACCAAUACAGACAUCACCAAUUUCAACCACCCAACCACAACGAAGACCAAUUGUAUUGUUAUGGGAAAAGCAUCCAGCACCUGAAGAACCUUUACCAUUUAACUUAACACCAUAUGCAAUGACAUUAAAUGAUUUACCCAGUUCAUUGAAAAUAUGGAUAGCACCUACAGAUUCAAGAUUGAGGCCUGAUCAAAGAUCAAUGGAGUUAGGUGAUUAUGAAUCUGCAAGUUUGGAAAAAAAUAGAUUAGAGGAGAAACAAAGAGAAAAAAGAAAAUUAAGAGAAGCUGGUUCUAUUCCAGAAUUUCAACCUAGGUGGUUUACUAAAGAAAUUGAAGAGGACACCGGUGAAAAAUAUUGGAAAUUCAAUCAUGAAUAUUGGAAAGAAAGAGAACGUGUCGUUAGUUUUUGA